AUGGCCAGCGUGCAAGAGCCCAUUAUUCCGGAUAGCCAUGUGCUGCCAACAGAUGGACCAGUUGAGCCCAUUUCAUCCAUAGAUGAAAAGUCUACCGCCGAUGCAACUGCGGCGGAACUGAGCGAAUCCACUGCUACCCUGGUUGAGCCCGACUCCACACAACAAUCCAAAGAUUCAACCCCCGAGGUCCCAAUGACCGCCGCGGAAAAGAAGAAGGCCAAGAAGGCAAAGAAGAAGCAGCAAAAGAGACAGGAGAGCUUGAGCUCCAUUGCCGUGGAAGCUGAAAAGACUCCCGAAGAGACUCCAGUCGACAAUUCUGUCGUUCCCGAGACCAAAACUGCAGAGCCUGCAGUGGAGGAAUCAGCAGUCGAAGCUCCCAAAGAAGCUGAACCUGCUGCCGAGUCAGUGGUUGAAGAAAAAACCGCAAUUGAAUCAACGGAAGAAUCCAAGCCGGCCGAGAAGGCUGUCGAUGCCACCGAGGCACCAGUGCUUGAGGAAAAGCCCGCCGAAGCUACCCCCGAGGUUGCUGAGAAGGCUGCCGAGCCCGCUACAGAAGAAUCGAAGACUACUGAGGCCGUUCCGGAAACUGUCGCAGAGCCAGUUGAAGAAUCCAAGGUUGUGGAAGAGGUUGCUAAGCCUACCACAGAAGAGCCCAAGGCCGUCGAGGCCGUUCCUGAAGUCGCCGCAGAGCCAGUCGUCGAAGAGACUCCCGCUGCGGAAGAAACGAAGACUGUCGAGGAGGUUGCCAAGCCUAUCACCGAGGAGAAGCCUGUCGUCGAAGAAAAGGCUACCGAGGCCGCUCCCGAAACUGCCGCUGAGCCUGCUGCUGAGGCCGCCGUCGAAGAACCUAAGGCUGCGGAUGAUAUCGCUGAGCCUACUAAGGAAGAUUCGGAGCCCGCCAAAUCCUUUGCCGAAGCCGUCGCCGAGCCAGUCGAGGAGACUCCCGCUGAAGCUGCUGUGGAAGAAUCUAAGACUGCCGAGGCCGUUCCUGAGGCUGCUGUGGAGGAAAAGACCACCGAAGUCGUUCCUGAAACCGAAGCCGCUGUGAAGGAGACUCCCGAAACUGCCGUGGAAGAAUCAAAGAUUGUGGAAGCUGUUCCUGAAAUCGCCCAGGUGGCGCCCGCUGUCGAAGAAUCUAAGGCUGAGGAAGUUGCCGAGCCUACUCCCGCUGAAGCCGCCAAGGAAGAAGAGACUCCUGCUGUUGCAGAAUCCAAGGUUGAGGAGGCUGCUCCUGAAAUAGCCAAGGAGACGCCUGCCGUCGAAGAAUCCAAGGCUGAGGUUGCUGAGCCAAUCGCCGAGGAGAAGCCCGCCACCGAAGAAAAGGUCAUCGAGGCUGCUCCUGAGACUGUCGCAGAGCCUGUCACAGAAACCCCCGCCGUCGAAGAAUCUAAGACUGAGGAGGUUGCUGAGCCGGUUGCCGAGGAGAAGCCUGCUGAAUCUGCCAAGGAAGAGUCAGAGCCCGCUAAGUCCUUUGCUGAAGCUGUUGCUGAGCCGGUCGUCGAGGAGACCCCGGCCGUUGAAGCUGCUGUGGAGGAAUCGAAGCCUGCUGUUUCUGAAACCGUCGCAGAGCCUACUGUCGAAGAGACCCCGGCCGUGGAAGAAUCUAAGACUGAGGAGGUUGUCAAGCCUUCCACAGAGGAAAAGACUGAGGAAAAGGCUGUCGAAGCCGUUUCUGAAACCCCCGCCGCUGAAGAAUCCAAGGCCGCCGAGGUCGUUGAACCUACCACCGAGGAGAAGCCUGCUACUGAGGAAAAGCCUGUCGAAGCUGCCCCUGAAUCUGUCCAGGAGACACCUGCAGUUGAGGAAUCCAAGGCCGAGGCCGUUUCUGAAACUCCAGCUGUCGAGGAAUCCAAGGCUGAGGAGGUUGCUGAGCCUACCACUGAGGAAAAGCCCGUCACUGAAUCUGCCAAGGAAGAGUCUGAGCCCGCAAAGUCCUUUGCCGAAGCUGUCGCUGAACCGGUUGUCGAGGAGACUCCCGCUGCUGAGACUGCUGUGGAGGAAUCAAAGCCUGUCGAGGCUGCUUCUGAGAUCGUGCAGGAGACACCCGCAGUUGAGGAAUCUAAGGCUGAGGAGGUUACCAAGCCUGCUGAAGAAAAGGUUGAGGCCGUUUCUGAGACUCCUGCAGUCGAGGAAUCCAAGGUUGAGGAGGUUGCUGAGCCUACCGCCGAGGAAAAGCCCGUCACUGAAUCUGCCAAGGAAGAGUCUGAGCCCGCUAAGUCCUUUGCUGAAGCCGUCGCCGAGCCGGUUGCCGAAGAGACUCCCGCCGCUGAAGCUGCCGUGGAAGAACCCAAGACUGUCGAGGCUGUUCCUGAAAUUGUUAAGGAUGCCCCAGCCACCGAGGCAGCUGUGGAAGAGUCCAAGCCUGUCGAGGAGCCAGUGACCGAGAAGGCUGUUGAGGAACCCGCUGUGGAGGCAGAGUCCGUUCCAGAGAUUGCCGAAGAGGCAACUGCUGUCGAGCCCACUGUUGAGGCUUCAGAGCCAAAGGAGGAAGUCAUCUCCGAGCCCACCAAGGAGGUGGCUGAUGAGGCUCCGGUUGAGCAGCCUGCCACUGAGGAAUUGGCUGCCGAGCCUGUCAAGGAGACUGAGGUUGCCGAGCCGGUUCCCGAGCAGACUGCCGAUGCUGCUAAGGAAUCUGCUGUCGAGAAGCCUGCUGAGGUUGCUGCCGAGGAGACUACCGCCACCGAGACUGCCACCGAAGCAAUUGAAGAGCCUGCUGCCGUGGUUGCCGAGGAGGCUACUCCUGAGAAGACCGAGGAGCCUACCAAGGUCGAAUCUGUUGAGGAGACCGCCGAGAAGGUUAAGGCAGAGGAACCAGUUGUGGAGGAGCCUGUGGCGGAAACUGCUAAGGAAUUGGCCACCGAGGAGUCCCCUGCUGUUCCCGAGCCCGCUGAGGCUGCUCCUGUCGAGACUGCCUCUAUUCCUGAAGAGGCUGCUGCUGCCGCUGUUGCCCCCGAGGAAUCUCCCGCUGUUCCUGAGGCCACGGAAGCUGCCGCCAGCGAGAUCACCGCCAUCCCCGCAGCUGCCGCUGCUGCUGUCACCGAGGAAUCUCCCUCUGUUCCUGAGGCUGCCGCCGCUAUCGUCGAGGAAAAUGCCGCUUCUACUGAGUCUGUGCAAGAAGCAGUGGAGGAGGCUAUCCCCGCUGAAACUGCUAAGGAAGUCCCCGUUGAGCAGCCAGAGGCUACCAAGGCUGAGGAAGUAACCGAGAAGCCCACUGAAGAGCCCGUCGCCGACAAGGCUGCUGAGGAGCCCGUUGCUGAGACCUCUGCUCCGGAGCCGGCUGUUCAGGAUGCUCCCGUUGUCGAGGAGACUCCCGCUGAAGAGCCUGCUAAGGAAGUUGUCGCUGAGGAGCCCAUCAAGGCUUCCACCGAGGCUCCUGCCGCUGAGGCCGAGGAGAAGCAACCCGAGACUGCUGCUGCUGCCGAAGAGAAGGCUGUGGAUGAGCCAGUCGCUGUGGCAGAGACUGUCGAAGCCGCUGCCACUCCUGAGCCUGCAGCUGAAGUUGAGGCUAAGGCCGAGGCCGUUAUUGCCGAGCCCGCUGUUACUGAAACUCCCGCGGUCGAAGAAAAGGCCAUCGACAAGCCUGUUGCUGUUGAGACCGCGGCUGAGCCCACCGCUGAGCCUGUUUCCGAACAGACUCCCGUUGAGGCCCCUGUUGUUGAAGAACCUGUUGCUGAGGCACCAGCUACUGAGAAGGCUGAGGAUGUGAAGGAGCCCGCCAUUGUCGAGCCCACCGUCCAAGCUACCGAAGUUGCUGAAGCGCCAGUUGUGGAGGAACAGACCGUCGCAGAGCCUGUGAAGGUUGAGGAGCCCGUUGAAGCUGCCGUCUCCGAGGAGAAAAUCCCCGAGGUAGCUCCAGUGGAGGCAUCUACUACCAAGGAGCUCGAGCCUGAGACAGCCGCCGUAGAGGAAGUUGCCAUUGAGCAGCCUGCCGUUGUUGCUGAAGAGGCUGUCGCAGAAAAGCCCGCACAGGAGGAUACCAAGGUCGAGGACCUCGUCCCAGAACAGUCUGCUCCUGUCGUGGGGACUGUGGUUGCAACUGAGGAACCCUCGAAGGUCGAAACCGUCGAGCCCGAAGUUGUCAGCGCAGAUAAGCCCGAGAUUGUGACCGAGACAUCCGAUGUGAAGGAGCCUGUUCAGCCCUCCACCGCUGAUGUUGAAGCCUCGGCACCAUCCGAGCCCGAAACUAAGCAGGAAGAGCCCGCUGCUCCCACCUCAGAGGAAGUUUCUACCAAGGAUACUGGAAUUAGCACUGAAAUUCUUGGUGCUGGCGCUGCCGCCGCCGCCGCCGCCAUUGCCGGUGUAGGCGUGGCCGCCCUUGUUAACAAGGACUCCGAGACUGUCUCAGAGACUUCGAAAGAUCAGAAGGAUCCCGAAACUACCGAUGCAGUCAAGGAGCCCGUUACUAAGGCUGAGACCCAGCCCCAGGUUUCGGCAGCAGAUGCACAGCACACCGACGGUAAGCCAACACCGUUCUAUCUUUCAUACCAGCCGUCUGCCAUGUCGUUCGAAACUGAUCCCGUUCUUGCAGCUCUCGCUGGUGACCGCGAAGCCCUCCUUAGCAAGCUCAACCAACCCUCCACAGACCAAUUGUCCACGACCUCCCAGAAACCACCUGCCGCGACAGUCGAGACUGCCGUCGAGUCCCAGCCUGCCGCCGAGGCCAGCAAGGGAACCGUCGAACCUGCCCAGCCCUCCGAGGCCAAGACUGCUACCGAUGCUACCCUUCCACCCAAGGAUAACGAUGAGGAUGCUCGUCCAGCGAGCCAGAACCGGUCAGUGACUGCUGUUUCUCUAAAUGGUGCACCUGACAGCUGGCUCAAAGCGAUUCUGCGCACUGUGUUUGUGAACUUCUUUGGGGCCAUCUUUUCACCUUUCCGUCGUGGAAAGUCCUCAAAUUAG